UGUUAUCCUCCGACGCACGUCAACAUGUCGUAUGACCCCUUCAUGUUGAAUGAUAUUUUUAACUUUACGUGGAAACCAGUGGAAGAAGGAUUAAAUGGAAUCCUUCGUGGUUAUGAAGUGCGCUGGAAGCAAGUGAAUUCGAGUGAAGAUUAUAUCAGAAAUAUUACCAACAGUACAACAAAUUCAUCAGCUUCUGACAUCAUAAGAGAAAUCCGGCUAACAAAUCUGAGUCUUUACACCAACUAUUCUUUUGAAGUGGCAGCCAUAACAGUCGCUGUGGGGAAAUUCAGUGACAAGUAUUAUUUCAUGUCACAAGAAGGAGUCCCAACAGCACCUCCAGGUAACGUACGAUCUUACAACACAAGUUCGAGGUCAAUUUUUGUAUCGUGGACACGGCCCAACAAAAGCGAAAUUCAUGGGGUUCUUAAAGGUUACGAGAUCUCUUACACCCCAGCUGAUAACGCAAAUGCCACGCGGAAAGUGAUGCUAUGUCAUCUGAAUACUUCAUAUGAGCUGACGCGUCUACGCAUAUUUACUUUGUAUAACAUCACGGUGGCUGCUUUCACCAUAAAGGGGAUAGGAAAUGAGAGUCAAUUGCUUCAGGUCUAUACCGCCGAGGAAGCACCACAGGCACCCCCAGAAAACGUGACAGCAGUUGCUGUCAACGGCUCUAGUAUAAGAGUGAGUUGGGGUUCUGUGCCAAAGGACAAACGUAAUGGAAUCAUCACGUGGUAUAGAGUUCAAUUUGGAUCAAGAACUCUUAAAAAUGUCACCAAUGGAACUAGGCAAGUUCGUGGAACCCAAAAUUCUGUGGUGAUCGGAGACUUGGAGAUGUUUGUCACUUAUUCCUUUAGAGUGCAGGCUCGUACAAAAAUUGGCAGAGGGAACUUCAGUGAACCUGUAAACCAAACGACUACUCAGACAGUCCCUAAUAUUAUCCUGAAGCUCUACGGAACUCCUAGUAACUCGUCUAUUAACGUGACAUGGAAGGUAAUUGACAAACCCUUUGGGUUAUAUACGCCUGAUAAGUAUGAGAUAAACUCAUCCACAGUCAAUGAUUCAUGUCCGUCUGGCAGCUGCUUAACAAACAUCACAUCAAAAAAUUGGCAUGAGUUUACAAAUCUUCGUGGUGGCACUACACACAAGUUCAAAGUCAGGCCAAUAGAAUUAUCUGCAAAGGAUGGCACGGGGGUAAAGUAUCCUAAUGGAAGUUUCAGCGAACAAAUCAACGUAACGACAAAGGAAGGAGCUCCAACAAAAUCACCUUUAAAUGUCACUGCACUCCCUCACAGCCAAAGCAGCAUCAAAAUUACAUGGGAUGAAGUUAAUCCAUGCUACAGAAAUGGGAAAAUAACUAAAUACAACUUAGAAGUGUAUAACAGCAGCGGGCAUGGAAUACGGGCUAUUGAUUUCAACGAUACAACUCCGCGUGUAGGGAUAGUGAAAAACCUCGUGUUCGCGAAUUACAGCGUUCGAGUCAGAGCCUCCACACAUGCCGGGAAUGGACCUUUCAGCCAGUGGAAGAAUACGACAACACAUGCACCAGCACCGAACUUUGUUCCACAAAUUUUAGUCACAGCCACAGGAAAUACAACCAUCAAUGUGAAGUGGAAUUGCACAGGCAUCCCACCUGGCGAUUUCGCAGGAUACAGUGUACAGUGGUACAACUCUACAACCGUCACUCAACAGAAAACCGUGGAGCGGCAACCCUGCGAAACAAACUUAACUGGACUCGAACCAUUCACUGACUACACAAUCCGCGUAGCAGCUCGUACAACACAACCCGGAAACUAUAGCAAAGAGCGAUCCGCUAAAACUCUCGAAGGAGUGCCUGAAGAAGCACCAGAAGUCGAAGUGGAAAUCCUGGAAUCUUCUUCAGUCUCCAUCACUUGGAAACCAAUUCCCGAACGUUUCCGCAACGGCAUAAUAAAGGGUUACCGCAUAGAGUACCACCCUGAGGACGAAAACAAAACUGCAGUUCCGACAGAAAACCUAGCAAAUGAGAACUUCACUUCUCAUAUUCUCAAAUCGCUGAGAAAAUUUACGACUUACACGAUUAAGAUGGCCGCGUAUACCAAAGCAGGAAUCGGCCCGCUAUCCAAUAAAACAUUCAAGACGAGUGAUGAUUUUCCCAGUGCAGCUCCUAUAAACCUAACUGCUAUCAACUCAGUCUCCCCACACGAAAUCAAAGUAACCUGGAAACCAGUCCCCGAAGAGUACAUGAACGGGGACUUAGUUGAUUAUCAAGUGACGUAUCAGCGAGUGAAGAUUGGAGGUGUACCAAUAGAUUUUGAACCUGUUAGGUCCGUCUCUACAGAUAAAAAUAAUUCGUUGACUUUAGAGAAUCUCGACCCUUAUUCUGAGUACGAGAUUACCGUCGCUGCCAGGACGAGGAAAGGACUGGGCCCCAGAACGUCAGCUUCAUAUGGAGAAACUUGUCACUGCGAACAAAAUUUCACGACAAGUUGGAGGCGAUACGAACCCUAUGUUAAUUUCACAGAAGACAAUGAACCUGGUGAGAUCAUUCCGGUAGUUCUUCGUUCCAUGGUCCGGGAAUGUUGCGGAAAAUGCCAGAGUUACGGAGAGGUAAAACUUGACUUCAAACGCAACGGCAGAUCGAACACAUCGGAGCGCCAUUCUUACAUGGAUCUCCUACAAAAUUUGGACGAAACCACUGAUUUUACUUUCCCUGUUUCUGGUUACAAAGAACAAGACAGUUAUAAAGGAGGCUACGGCUUUGCGCCAAUCAUCGAGUCCGCUGGUGUUGCUUUUAUUGUUUACCCAGACGCGACGCAAAACCAGAACACUAUGUACCAAUCAGUGCUUCUUUGUUUACCUGUUAUGAGUUUGCCAAUAGUUUUAGCUUACAUCGCCGGUGUCAUGAUAUGGUGUUUGGAAAGAAGACAUAAUCCACAAGAUUUUCCACCCUCGUUUCUUCUUGGGACCUGGGAAGGAAUUUGGUGGUCGUUCGUUUCCAUGACAACACUUGGGUAUGGCGACCGCGCCCCUCUGAGCCACAAGGGACGGUCUUUUGCUAUGCUUUGGACACUUACUGGACUAGUCAUCAUUUCCCUAACCAUGGCAAUGAUCACCACAGCACUCACAUCAAUUACUCUGCAGAGUAAAAUAAAGCUGUACGGAAGUAAGGUCGCAGCUGAGUUCAAUUCUCCCGAAUAUAACGUGGCAACGAGACGAAAUGCUAAGAUUGAUCCAGGGAAAGAAUAUAAAGGUGUCGAUGACAUAACGGAGGCACUUUUGAACAGAGAAGUCGAAGGGAUUCUGGUGGAUACUUAUUCUGCGGGCUUGCGAAGCGAUCUCUUCAAUCGCCCCGGGCUACAAGUCAAUGAGAUCCUUGACUACAAGACCGCAUACGGCGUGGUACUCAGUCCUAAAGUGACCCAACUUGGCAAGUGUUUCGAGCGCUACUUAACCUCUCACAGAGCGGAGAUUUUCGAGAUGAUCAAAAGAAAAGCGAAGCCGAUAGAGACUUCUGGCGCCAAGGAAACGCCCGAAGAAGAGGCAUCAGGCGGUCUACUGGACAGUGGUUCUCCCACCUUCCUAAAGGCAUUGAAAUACGCAUGCGUGUCGUUAGGAAUUGCCCUUGUCCUGUCGCUCAUAUACGAGUGCAUUCGUCGUAUAAGAGCAAGGCGAAAAGUUCACCAAAAAAAGAGCCAUAAAGCAAAGCUUCAAGAAGAAAUGCAGACCCUAGUGGAAGAGUUUAACCAGCGCGUGCUGGCAGUUAAGAUGAAAUUGAGGGAGAAGCACAUCAGACAAAUCAUCAAAUAUUGGAAGCUGCAGAAAAAAUCGAUGUGCUCGGCUGGGAUGGAACAUGAAUGGCUAAGGAUUUCCACUGCGUCCCCACACAAUGGUGAACUCACUAUAUCUGAGAUAUAAUCAUCUGAGCUUUUUUAGAUACGACAGAGCUAGUGUGACCCCUAUAGCUUCCUAUUCAAGAGAGUAACAACACGAUGUUUUACGUAACUAUUUUCUGACGUGCAAAGCUAGCUUCAAACUGAAAGUGGAAAAUAUUAGUUGGGCAAGACGGCUAAGGACGGAGAAAAUUGCCACGGAUUGCAAAUAUUCAAAUCGAGUAAUCAUUAAGGACAUUCCCUUGUUUCGUAUCACGCGUCGUUACAAAAAAAUUGCAUGUGCAAGAAAUGGCGGGUUUCUGUUCGAGGCCAUGGUUUUCAUUUCUUUGUGUGGGUGUGUUUGUGUGUGUACGAGUGUGAUGUUUCCAUUUUUCACUGUAAAUUGAUAAUCCUUCCUAAAAAAAAAAAAAAGAAAAAAAUUGCUCUAUGAAUGGUUGCGAGAAAUCAAACCAUUCUCUCCACCAACAAAACCAACUGUUUGACCACUAACGUUUUCCACAUCGAGUUCUCACUGGCUUUUCAAAAUAUUAACCUUUCUUCUGGACAGCUUCAAUGACGACUUUGAUUCCUUAUUUAUGAUGCUUCAUUGAAAUUAGAGCACUCUGAUAACCAAUGGGCAGAAGCAACUAACACAUCCUGGGUGUGAUGCGCUGUUUAUCUUGAUCAAAUACUAAACCCAGUUUGAUUCACAUUCAAAUCCCUUUGAGAUAAGCAACCAACGAGUUUGGUACAAAUUUCGCUGAAAGAUUUACUUCAGAUUAAUGAUAUUUUCCGUGCAACUUUUGUCAAGGCUGUUGCUCUCAUUUUACUUACGUAAAUCAGAUAGUUCUCCUACGUUUGUUAAGCAUUCAUCGCGAUUGACUCGCGAGCAAGGUAAAAAAAGUAUAUAUAUGAUUAUCUUCCAGGAGGAGAUUUGAACGACAUUUUCCACUAACAAACCUUAAAAUGGUCUUGAAUGAUGAAAGAUGACUCACUUUAGAUAAUUAUUUUUAAAUUAGCAAGAAUCUGCUCAAAUACCACAUACCUCCCUUUUCCACAUUCAUUAUUGUAGACAGUAGCUUACAGUCAUUAAUUAAUCAAUACGCGUGUCGUUAAAACAAUAGAGAGUGAUUACUAAGGUUUAUGUACAUUUAAAAGGUUUAGUUGAGUUGGUAAGGAAUAAGCUUUGUACAACAACAAGACACAGAUGAACCUUUGUAAAAAAUGUACGUGCAGUGUGACGUUAAAACAAUACAGAGUGAUUUCUAAGGUUUUUGUACAUAAAUAGGGUUUAGUUGAGUUGGUAGGAAUAAGCUUUGUACAACAGCAAAACACAUAGAUGACACUUUAUAAAAAAUGUACGUGCAGUUAGUUGGAAAACAAACGUAGGAUAAAGCCAAGUUAAAGUAGGGUAAAAUAAAGUUAUUUUGUGC